AUGGACGCUGCUGCUGGCACCACGGACCACGCUUUCCCUCCGUUGGCGGCUUCCGUGGAUGCGGCGCUAGGCCCCAGUCGCAACGUUGAUGGCGGCGGGACUCCGUCUCCGGUGACCCACUUCCAGCGGCGGAGGGACUACAUCGACCUCUACGACAUCGCCCUCGACGUCUCAGACGGCGCCGGCGGCCUCUGCAUGGUGGACCUCCUGCGCCGACUUCCUCGACGACGAGAUUGGCAAUGGUCUCACGGAUGGAGCUCCAACUACAGCGGCUAUCGAGGUGAGUUCUCCGAUCCGCCCGCCUGGCCGGGUUGGGGACAUAGGCGAUUAUACUGGGUGCAAUCAGUGCGCCGUUGGGACAAGGUCUCCGACCUGCCGGUGAACCGACGAGCUGAGAAGGUGUUGAGAGCACUCGGAUGGGAGACUGAUUUCGAGCACAUUCCAGAAUCCGUGCCCUCCUCCUCCGUCUACCUGGACGUCAUCCUCGAGGCCGCUCUGACUGAGCAGCAUCGACGCAUGGACGAAUCCUUGGCACAGUUUGCAGUGCACGACUUCGGCCACGCUGCCUCUUUUGGUGUGCAAAUUCCCGACGCCUUCAAGGCCACUCUGAUGAAGGAAGGUGCCGGGCUGAACGACCAGAACAUGCAGAACCUGGCCACGCUCCUACAAGACAAAGAGGAUGAUCCAGUGGCCGUCGCCGGAGCCCUUGGUCGUCUCGACGUUCGGUCUGAUCGCAUUGCUGCCUUCACGGAGACGGCGACGACGGCCCAUGAGACCUACGUCUCAACGUCCGAGGACUUGGCAGAGGAUGAAGAGGCCCUGGACGAUGAAGAGUUGGCGAAUGAGCUAGAGACAUGGAAGGAGAACAAGGAGUAUAAGGCCACUGGGCAGAAGAUUGUGACCUUCAGAAAGGCAAGAAGCCUCACACCUGAAUGCCUUCGCCUACGCCAGCUCGUCGACUACUUCAACGAAGAAUGCCUUCUCUCCUUCAUCACGACUUCGGUCGUUCACUCAGUGACGGAUCAGAAUCAGAUGAUUGACUUGCAGCAUGUGAACUUCCUGACGAUUCCCACUGGAGAGGCUAUCCUCGACAUCGGAGCCACUCAGGACCUCAUUGGUGAGACUGCCCUGAGGUCCGUGGAGAUGCACUUUGAUUUUCCGGUGCCUGAAGAGCUGGCCACCAAGUACAAUCUUGACAAGGGAGCAUUCCAAUACAUGCUGUCUCCCUCCCCGUACGAGAAAGGAGGCAGUGACACGAACCUGCGCCCCACGAACAUGACCAAGUUUGCCAGCGCAACCACCUUUGAACAUGAGCCCAAUGAACGAGACAGUCGUCUUACAUGCUCGAUCGCCUUCAUGGGCAACCGAGCGACGCAACCUUCCCAAUUCGAGUUCGCGAACUUCCCUCGCCAUGGAGACGGGUCUCGUUCGACCCAGGGAACUUCGCCGGCCAGUCUACUACACUGGCUGACCUUGGUGGAGUCUCUCUUCGGCGGGAUGGAGGAGAACACCCGCAACUUCAGGCAGCUGAUCCGCUGUAAGAAGCGCACCAAGAGCUUGGCCUCCAACCACAAGAAGUACAUCGAAGCGGACAGUCAAGCCCCGGACGCCGUCUCAGGGCAGGCCAAGGCGCCCCCGACGGGUGCAGCCUCCUCUGUGGAUCACCAGGGCUACAUCAACGCCCCCUCGACGCUGCUGGCCAGCACCACCCCGGAGGCGGCUCAGGUCUCCAACCAAGCCAUGGCGGCCACGCAGAACCAAGGUCUUCUGAUGUGGGACUUCAGCCUGGAGGCCAUCGACGAGCAGAUCGAAGAAGAGAACUACUUCGGACUGGAGCAUCCCGCGGGAGUGCACAUCAAUUGCGGCCAUCCUGACCGAGCACGCAUGCUGAGAGCAUUUCGAGCAGCAGGAGCCCUUCCACACAUCCUGAAGUAUAUCAGGGAAGAGUUCGCCUGUGAAGCGUGCAAUCUCGAAGAAGGCGCAGAUCAUCGAAGGCGAGCGCAACUUCCUCGCAGCUUCAAUAAGGCCGUGGCCAUCGACUACCUCUACAUCACCUUCGGGGAGAUCCAAGUGCCCAUCCUCAACAUGGUGUGCAUUGGAACCAGCUAUCAGGUUGCGGAACGAGCUCCACACAACGGCUCGCAAGGAGGCGAACUGCUGGCUGAGGAUGAGCUUGCUCUACAUGGCGUGCACGAUGCCUACAACGAUCCCACCGAGGUCGACGAGGCCGCCGGCGAGUACCGACGAAGGCGGAUCAACAUCGAGCUCCAGAUCGAGCUCCACAAGACACGAUUCCAGAAGGUGUUCUACCAGCAGCCCAUCCUCCGCACGCACACACAGAACCACGAUCAAGAUCUCGAAGCCCUUUGCACGAGGUUGAGCAUGACGGUCUCCCUGAAGGACAUGUCUGAGGAGGACAAGCGUCUCUUCGAGGUCUCAGACGAGACGGAGUGGCCUCAGCCAGAGCUUCAUUCUUGGAAGGCGAAGUCGCGUUGGUGCAUUCACGGGCAUGUGGACCCUGACACCGGGACGCUCUGCACCUACAGCCCAACACCCCAGAGCGAGGGACUGAUGAUGUUCCUUCAGGUGUACAACAUGAAGUUCGCCUUUGCCGAUGUCAAGAAUACCUUCUGUCAGAGUCGCAAGCUCAAGCGACCCAGAGGCCCAAUCUUCGCUGAGCCCUGUGAAGAAAUUCACUUGCCACCAGGUAUUGCAGUGGAGGUGGACGACUUCAUCCUUGCCGCUGAUCCUCGGCACUAUGAAUGGCUCAAGCAGGCAAAGUAUAUCCUGGAGCAGAUUCAUCCUCUGGCUUUGGGAAAGGGAAGACGCGGCAUCAACGUGAACGGCGCCAACCAAGUAGAUCUGAAGGGCUUCCUCAAGACGCGACUCAAGGUGCCUGGAUGGUCCUUACAGCCGAAAGGCUUCCACAAGGCCGGACUGCUGUUUGGGCGUCGCCAAUCACUUGGCGCUCCAGCAAGCUGA